AUGUUCUCAAUUACUCGUGUCUUGUUUUUUACGUUGCAUAUAACAAUAUUGUUAGACUCAUUCGCCAUUGCAAUAUCUCGACAAAACAAUGGUAAUAAUCAUGAAAGAUUCGGUCAACGUUUUGCUAUGGAGCCACAAGAUCAAACAGCAGUUGUUGGUUCGAGAGUGACAUUGCCAUGUCGUAUUGUGGCAAAGCAAGGACAAUUGCAAUGGACCAAAGAUGACUUCGGUCUUGGUGAACAUCGUAAUCUCAGUGGUUUUGAGCGUUACUCAAUGGUAGGAAGUGAUGAAGAAGGCGAUUUUUCACUCGAUAUUUUCCCCGUUAUGCUUGAUGACGAUGCUACUUAUCAAUGUCAAGUUGGUCCGGGAAGAAGAACGCCUCCAAUAAGAUCACGAAAAGCAAAACUCACGAUACUCGUGCCACCAGACAAUCCCAAAAUUACACAAGGAAGCCAUAUUCUCACAACUGAAGAUCGUGAAAUUGAGCUUGAAUGUGUUUCAAAAGGAGGAAAACCGGCAGCAGAAAUUAUUUGGAUCGAUGGAUUUGGCAAUGUUAUUAAAGAAGGAAUUGAGUAUCUUCAUCAACAGAUGGAAAAUUCGAAGCUUUUCGAGGCUCGUUCGAUACUUAAAUUUAUUCCCAAAAAGGAUCAUCACAACACAACCAUUACCUGUCAAGCUCAGAACACAGCAGACAGAACAUACAAAUCUGCAAGACUGAAACUUGAAGUGAAGUUUGCACCAAAGGUGACAGUGUCAGUGAUUAGUGGUACAUUAGCAAAUGGAAGAAUCCAAGAGGGAGCUGAAGUUCGCUUGGCAUGUCAUGCUGAAGCAAAUCCAAAUGAAGUUUUCUUCAAAUGGUAUAUUAAUGAUAACAAAAUCAACGGUGAUCAUUCCACCGAACUCAUUAUUCCAAACAUUACUCGAGAGUUCCAUGACUCAAUUGUCAAAUGUGAAGUUUCAAAUGUUGUCGGUAAGAGUAUGGAUAGUGAGACGCUUGAUAUCAGUUACGGUCCAACCUUUAAAAUUCGGCCGAAAUCAGUAGAAGCUGAUGAAGGAAGUGUUGAGACAUUAACAUGUGAUGUUGAUGGUAAUCCAAUACCAGAAAUUGUGUGGAUUUUUGACGGCCUUGAUCGGGUUGUCAGCACGUCACCAAAUCUAACAAUUAUCGUAUCCAAGGAGACAAUUGGAAGGUAUUUGUGUAAAGCAUCUGUUCCCGGAUUUCCUGAUAUUGGUGAAACAGCCACAGUUUACCUCAAAGGUCCACCGACAAUUACUUCUUCCCGCCGACAAUUUGGGACACCGGGUGAAGGUGUUCGAAUUGAAUGUAUCGCAUUUUCAAUUCCAAAAGCUCGACAUGUUGGUUGGACAAUCAAUGGAAGAGAAAUCAACAGUACUUUCGAGGAUGAUUUCGAUAUACGAGAAGACCAACUUGCAUUUGGCAUCAAGUCAACCUUAAUCAUUCGAAAAAGUUCAGCUAAGCAUUUUAGCCGCUAUAACUGUACCGUUAUAAAUGACUGUGGUUAUGACAUCCAAGAAAUUGAAUUAAAUGGCGAAAGCAAAUAUAACUCUCGUCUAUUCUUCCUGUGGUUCGGUGCCGUUAUACUUUCCAUAUUUUUAAUCAUAAUUAUGCUAGCUUGUUUCAUGUGCAAAAAAAAGACAAAAAAGAAGCUACCGCCAGCUGAUGUCAUACCUGAACAUAACUAUAUGGGAAAAGGAUGCAAAGAGAGCGAUUGCUCGUCGAAUAAAAGUGAUAUGAAAAUAAAUCGAGAAAAUGAAUACUUAGAAACAUGUUCAGCCAACGAACUAAGUGCAACGAAGAUUCCAUUAAAUACAUUUGGAGUGUCAUUAGCUGGUCCAAUUCCUGAUUUCAGGUAUUCGGGUGACUUUACCGACUCUUUUGGACAUUUGCAAACCACGAAAAUUGGAGUUAAUAACAAUGGUUACAUUCCUUAUGUUGACUACAGUCGUGAUUACACACCUCCGCCUAGCCUUACAUUGAAUCAUGUCAAGCCAACACAUACAAGCUUGUCAAAUCAUUUAAUCAUGAGCACAUCAACCGCAGCACCUACUAUAACUUCUGCUUCGAUUGUUGGCAUAACAACCGGAUCGAUAACGAAUGGUACUUAUAGUUUAACCAGAAAUCGACCGCUGGAUCGUUCGUACAAUGGACUUCCUAUAAGCAUGUCUUCAAUACCAAACGGCAUGACGAAUAAUCAGUCAUUGCUUAAUGUUGAUCCAAGAUAUGCUGCAACAUAUGGAAAUCCAUAUUUAAAGCAGCAACUACAUUCGCCGCUGGUCUCAUCAAACACAGCUAAUCAUGCUGUGACACCUGCUCCGCCACCGUAUUCAGGAACACGGGGAAGCAAUAGCAACAGUAGCUUCUCAUCAUCAACAACGAUCUCAAAUAUUAAUGGUGGUGGUAGCAUUGUGGGAAUCGGAGCAAAUCUCGGUUCAACAGCUAGCCAAACGCCAAGUCCAAGUGGACAAUUUAUUCCUGCAAAUGCGAAACUUGGCGCUUUAGCGACGCAUGUCUAA